AUGGCUCCACCGCCCCCAUCGAACUUGCCUUUGGCCGAGAGGCUGAAGAACCUGGCUCAGACUCUACAGUUUGCUUGGUUUGCUGGGCACGUCACACUGCUGCUCUCCGUCUUCCGCUACCUCCUGUCCUACAUCACCUUCAACUACUACUCGUCCUCGGCCCAGGUGUCCUACCGCUUGGCUUUCCUUUCGGCUGCUGUAACAUACGGUAUCGUGGUGUACAAAGGACACAUUGCCCGUGGUCGUCUUCAGGGUAGUGUCCCGAACAUUGUGGUGAAGCUCGCUGGUGAUGAAAAUGUCCAGUAUCUUGGAAUGGCGAUUGUCUGGCUCUAUUCCCGCCAGGUCCCAUUGGCCCUUCUCCCCUUCAGCGUCUACUCGAUCUUUCAUGUUGCGACAUACUCUCGGGCCCACCUGAUCCCUACCCUGCAGCCCCCCGCCCAGGGCACCGCCGGGCCCGCGUCGCCCUCUUCUCCUGGUGCUGCCAAGCCUGCUUCCAGUCCUUUGGCAGAUACCAUUGGAAGAUUCGUCAAGCAGUACUAUGAUACCAGCAUGGAUCUUGUCGCUGGGCUCGAGAUGGUGCUGCUGUUCCGCCUGGCUUUGGGAGUUCUGACCUUCUCCAAGGGCAGCAUCCUUCUCUUCAUCAUCUACGUGGCCUUCUUCCGCGCGAGAUAUACUCAGAGCUCGUUCGUCCAGCAGGCCGUUCGCCACUUCACCGCCCGCGUGGAUGCUUCGGUGUCCCACCAGAGCACUCCCCCCGCGGUGCGCCAGGGAUGGGAGACCUUCAAGGGUGUUGUUCGCCAGGCGUAUGAGAGCACCGAUCUGGGCCGUCUGACCUCCGGAGCUCCGGGCAAGAAGCCGCAAUAA